AAGGGGAGAUGGGGCAACUGCAGUAAGUUUAAUUUGACUCCGGUAAAGCAUGACUUUAGUCUGUAUUUGAAAGUUACAUUGUUAUUAUAUCAAAAGAAUUCUGUGUUUUGUUUCAUAGCGUUACCAGUCACCAGAACGUCACAAAAUGUUUGCCCUCAACAGACAACAUCAGGCAAAUGUUGCAAUAUUCCAUUCAAAUACAGAGGAGUGACCUUCAAUUCUUGCACUUCUGCUGAUUAUCACAGACCCUGGUGCUCCUUGGAUCCUGUGUAUAAGGGGAGAUGGGGCAACUGCAGUAAGUUUAAUUUGACUCAACUAAAGCAUGACUUUAGUGUGUAUUUCAAAGUUACAUUAUCAUUAGAUCAAAAGAAUUCUGUGUUUUGUUUCAUAGCUUUACCAGUCACCAGAACGUCACCAACUGUUUGCCCUCAACAGACAACAUCAGGCAAAUGUUGCAAUAUUCCAUUCAAAUACAGGGGAGUGACCUUCAAUUCUUGCACUUCUGGUGAUUAUCACAGACCCUGGUGCUCCUUGGAUCCUGUGUAUAAGGGUAGAUGGGACAACUGCAGUAAGUUUAACUUGACUCCGCUAAAGCAUGACUUUAGUGUGUAUUUCAAAGUUACAUUAUCAUUAUAUUAAAAGCAUUCUGUGUUUUGUUUCAUAGCGUUGCCAGUCACCAAAACGUCACCAACUGUUUGCCCUCAACAGACAACAUCAGGCAAAUGUUGCAGUGUUCCAUUUAAAUACAAGGCAGUGACCUACAAUUCUUGCACUAAUGCUGAUCACAACAGACCCUGGUGCUCAUUGGAUUCUGUGUAUAAGGGAAGAUGGGGCUACUGCCGUGAGUAUAAAUUGACUUAGCUAAAGCAUCUUUUAAUGAUAUUAUCAGUACGUAAAGACCGCUUUUCUCUUUGUUAGUGUUACCAACCACCCCAUCAGUUUGCUUUCCAAAGACAACAUCAGGUCAAUGUUGCAGUGUUCCAUUUAAAUACAAGCAAGUGACCUUCAACUCUUGCACUACUGCUGAUUACAACAGACCUUGGUGCUCCUUGGAUCCUGUGUACAAAGGACGUUGGGGAAUCUGCCGUGAGUUUUAGACUGGCACUAUUAAGGCAUUCUUGUUGUCUAUUCAUUAAUGUUCUGUUAUCAUUAUAUAUCAAGACCUUGAAAUCAAUCAUUAAUUAAGUAGAAUUAACAUUGUGAACGGUUUGAACCCAAGAGUCAUUUCAUAAAGUAGGUGGAAUAAGAUCGUCCACGUCAGUGUAGUCCUAAAUAGGACUGUUGACUGACGUUUCGACAACCUGUGCGGUAGUCAUCUUCAGAGUCAAAGUGAGUUGUAUCACGUCCUGACUGAUGGUAUUAAACUCAGGUUAAUGACCCAAAGUCCAGUUGUUUCUUCAGUAUCCUGCUUGCUGGCACGCUUUGGAGGGGUCUUACUUAUCGGUAGUUGAAACAAAAUGCAAUUAAUAUCGUAUCACAACUUUUUUUUCGUAGGUGGUUGACUUUGGUGGCAUUUAAAUUACUAACAAAACCAGUGAGUAUAAACGCUCUUUUAGCAUUUGCUUUAGAACUGGUAAAUUUGAAUUAUAAAGUAACUCCAGUACUGUUUGAAAAUCCUUGACCUGAUGUUUAGUUGUUCUUCAUCUUCAUCUACAUCUAGACCCCGGAAUUUAAUUUCUCUCUUUAGGCAUGUACCAUUCCUACGCUCUAACCCAUCUUGUCUAACUCUACUCAUGAAGCACGUGGUUUCUCUUCAGUACUCAUCUACUGGAGAAGCAGAUUUUUCUCACUUUCUUUAUCUGUUGAUUCCAAAUAAAUAUUUGGUUAAUUCAGUUUCAAUACAUGUAAAUAACGCUGGACCCGAUUAAAAAGCUCCGAAAGUAAAACAAAUCCAGCUGAAGUAAUUAUCGAAAGUGAACUAUCACCACUAUAAACUUACUGCAUUUUCCUCACUUGCUUUAGAUUCUGCCUGAAGUUUCACAUCUGAAUGAUUGGUUAAUUUGAACACACUACCACAAGUAUUUUUGUAGUUGUUCAGAAUCAUGUGUCGUCUUAUGCUCCAGCGUAAUUUCGCUUGUUCUCACUACCUAUCUACUUCUUUAUCCGCUCGCGAUGGUGAAUACUACAAAUUUGGCUACCAUUAUUCGUGUUUGCAUCUGAAAGCGACUGGCACGACGACAGAACCUGGCAGAGCUUUUAUUUUACCUCCGAGCUUCUCGGAAGUUCCUAAAAGAAGAACGAACAGAGCGUUUAUGAAUUGCCGAGUUCCCUACGACGUGUCAGGAAUGUGUUCAUUCCAACUAAAGAAGCUCUCUGGUGAUGUUCAUCCAAACCCUGGCCCAUCUCGGACGGGCAUAAAGUUCCCUUGUGGUGAAUGUCAGAGGUCUGUCCGAAGCAAUCAAGACGCCAUUUUGUGCGCUGCCUGCGAUCAGUGGUUUCACGCAAGAUGCAUUGGCAUAGGAAAGCAAGUUUUUAAAUACUACUUGGAAAACCAUCACCUUGACUGGGAAUGUGCUUUUAGCUCCCUGCCCAAGUUCAGUGAUUCUUUCUUCGACCAAACUGGGAAUGAGUCGUUAAUAGAGUGGGACAGCAUUCAAAAUGAGUCCAGCACUAAUGUAGUAGCUUCGCUGGAUAAAGCGAAUCCUAGGGAUGAUGCAGAGAAUUAUCUCCAACAAGCUGCCCUACAUCUGAACUCCUCAACAAAGGAUUUAAACAUUGCUCAUCUGAACGUUUGCAGUAUCCGCAACAAGAUCGACGAGUUAAGAGUACUACAGUCCAUUUGCGCUUUUGAUAUUAUUGCAAUUACAGAAAACGCAUCUGGAUGGCUCAAUUCCUGAUAACUUUUUGUACAUAGAUGGGAUGAAGCUCUUUCGCCAAGACAGAACUAAAUGCAAGGGAGGUAGUUGUAUCAUGUACUGUGCUGGAUAUUUGCAGACGACCCAUCGUAGAGAUUUGGCCUCUACGGAACUGGAGGAAAUUUGGGUUCAGAUUAAAUUUCCUACUACUUCUGCAUUAUUUUCAGUUAUUUACAGAUCGGAACUUGAAUGCCCUAACUUUUUUGAGGACAUAUAUGGUGUUUUCGAAAAGGCGUGGAUGAAGUCUGACACUAUCAUCCUACUUGGCGACUUUAACUGCGAUCUUCAAGGUAUUGAGAGCAAAAUAGGAUCUGAAACUCAACCUAAAACUAGAAGACUGUUGACUUUGUUUCAGCUUUUCGGUAUGCAAAACAUUGUCAAUAUGCCCACCAGGAUCACACCUGGUUCAAGCACGUUAAUUGAUUUGAUAGUAAAAACAAAGCCUGACCUAAUCAACCGUAAAGGUGUUCUACCUUUGGGAAUUCUGAUCAUUGCCUAAUACAUGCAACUCUUAAUCUCAAGCACAAACGGCCGCCGCCAAAAGUGAUAAAUGUAAGAAACUAUAAACAAUUUCAGGUUGAUCAGUUUCGGGCUUAUAUUACAGCUGCGCCUUUUCACGUCGCUCGGGUUUUUGAGGAUAAGGAUGAUGUUCUCUGGGCAUGGAAUAAGUUAUUCAAAGUUAUUUGUGACUUCCAUGCACCUACAAAGCGCGUCAAGAUCCGGAGUCAAUCUUCUCCUUGGAUAAAUAAUGACAUCAGACGAAAGAUGAACUUAAGGUAUAAGCUGUUUAAGAGAGCUGUUAGCACUAAAGAUCAAGAAAUCUAUGCAAGAUACAAGAAAGUUAGAAAUGAGAUCACAUCCGAGAUAAGAAACGCGAGGGCGCAGUUCUUCAAGGAAAAGGUAGCUGAAGUUAAAUCUGUAGCGGCUUACUGGAAUUUAAUUGCAGAAGCGACAAAUCCUGUUAGAAGAAACAGAAUGGGACCUUUAAAGAGGGAGGAUGGAAGCCUUGCCGUCAACGACGUAGAAAAGGCUAACCUAAUAAAUGAUUUCUUUGCCAAUAUCGGCACUAGAUUUGGACGAGCCAAUAGAAAUUUUCCGCACCAGAGCGAUUGCAUCGGUUGUUCAGUGCCCUCUGUGACUGAUAUCACCAUCUGCGAAGACUUGGUCCGACGUAAAUUAAAAGCCAUUAAGCCAAAUAAAUCUGCGGGUCCUGAUGACAUUGCACCUAAAUUAUUAAAACUAGCUGAAACUGCCAUCGUCUCUCCCUUGACUGGUCUAUUCUCAUUCUGUGCUCACCAUGGAGAAACCUUUACUGAUUGGAAGAAAGCUCGUCUGAUCCCGGUGUAUAAAAAGGAUGAUGAAGCUGACACAAAUAACUAUAGACCAAUAUCGCUUCUUAGUGUUCCAAGCAAAAUAAUGGAAUCUUGUGUAUCAGAAUCUGUCGUUCGACAUGUUUUCCAAAAUAACCUGGUUACAGACAAACACUGGGCUUACCGUGAGGGCCAUUCUACUGAACUAUUGCUUGUACACCUGUCAGAAAUCUGGAGAACAGCUAUUGAUGCCGAUAAAGUGGUUGCUGUGGCGUUUGUUGACUUCAAAAAAGCUUUUGACUGUGUAUCUCAUGCUAUCCUACUGCAUAAGCUGAAUUUUCAAUUUGGAGUUCAAGGUUGUCUUCUAUCAUGGCUGACAGACUACCUAACUGAUCGAACUCAAUUCUCGGUAGUAAACGGCCAGCACUCAAUUGUGCUAAAUGUCACUUGCGGGAUUCCCCAAGGAUCAGCACUUGGCCCGACGUUGUUUGCCUUGUACACCAAUGACCUACCAAGUGCUGUUACCUCUGGCUCUGUCUUUAUGUAAGCAGAUAACACCACCGUUUAUUGCAUCGGGGACACUGUUGAUAACACUGUCACUUCUUUAAAUAAAGCUUUAUCGGAAUUGAACAGUUGGUGCCUAGAGAACUCUUUAACCCCUCACUCGGCAAAGUGCGAAGCUAUGCUGUUGAUGAGAAAACCGCACAUCGGGCCGCUAAAUUCUGUGACUAUUGGAGAGGAUCGGAUCGAGUGGGUGAAACACUCUCGUCUUUUGGGCGUUACUAUCGAUGAGAGGCUUUCCUGGUCACGUCACCUUACAGAUGUAAAAAAGAUUUUCGUAAACAAACCGAACCUCCUGGAAAGGAGUUCGCUCUUGAGCAGAAACGCCCUAUUGGACUUGUACUUCAAGAUAAUAUUACCAUCAGUUCUAUAAGGACUAGUCGUUUGGGGCGGCUGCCCUAAUGCAGAGCUUCUACAUUCUCUGGAAGUACUUCACCGUAGGGCAGCCAGAAUUAUAUACAACUUGCCCCGAGAUAUGCCUACCGAGGAAGUUUACCGACAUUCGAACUGGAAUACUUUAACCCUCUCUUAUAAACUUCGAUUAAUUAAACUAUUCCAUAGCGUGUUUAUAGGUGAAGCACCUACGGCUCUUUCAUACUUGACAAAUAAACCCUGCACUGCAUACAACUUCAGAAGGAGUAAUAACAUAAUCGUCCCGCGUUUUAACUCGCAGUUUCUUAAAAACUCUAUUAGCUAUAGAGGCGCUAUUCUUUGGAACGCUGUCUCGAGUCAUUUUACAGACCAGUUUACUGUUUUUUAUCGCAAAGUGAGGAAGGACUCUUAUUUUAAGGAACUUGAUUUUAGCGCACAGUCGGUCCAGUGGCUACCCAGGCACUACCAAGAUUUUAAAUGCUUUUAACUAUUUUUUUGUUUUAAAUGCUGUAGUCAAUUUACUUAGAGGUAACUAAUGUAAAUUCAUUUUAAUCUUGUAUAUAUUUUUUUAAAUUUAUUUAAAUUUGUUUCUUUCUUUACUUUUUGGUUAGAAUCUUGCUGUAUAUUUUUAGAGUUUUAAUUGUAAUUGUAUUUUGUAAGUGAUUUUAUUCUUAUUUUUAUACAGUUUUAUCCAUUUGUAAUCAUUUUUACACGACCCCACAAGCUUUGAGCCUUAAACCUUAUCGUGUUUAAAUAAAGGAUAUGUAUGUAUGUAUGUAUGUAUGUUUCACGUGUUGUUCCGAAAAACCAUAAAUGCUGUUUAGAAAUCCACGGUUAAUUUCCUUAGGAAAAGCGUUAAGACCACAGAUAUUACUAUUUUUAAAAAGGAUAAACACCUAGUGUAGACAACCAUGGCUGAAAAGGUCUGAAUUUAAUUUUUUGGUUCGAUUUUUUGAUUUUCUGAAAACUGCGUAAUUUCACGUUUGAAUCCUGUUCAGUGAAAUUUGAAUUUUUAGGUCGAGACGGUUUUUGAUUGCUUGCAGCAAUUAAAAAGAAUAUUUUUAAAAACUAAUCCAAUUUCAUUUUAUAAAACACCUUAGCUUGCUGAACUAAAAAAAAACAGAGUGAAGUCUAUUAUUGACGGUGGCCGCCAUUUUUCCGAUUUUAAUUUCUUUGAUUGUUACUGACAUUCACUCUUAAUUGUUUAUUUAUUAUUAUUUUUUUUACCUUCACAGGUUCGCAACCUGGUGGUCCACAUUUUUCAGAAGUAUAUACUGGAACAGGACUUUACAAUAAGGGAUCAAUUUAUUUUUGCUUUCAUAUGGUGUUGGGGACUAAGAAAGCGCUCGAAGCGUUAUUUUCAAGUAACAGCUGUUAACAUUAAACGUUUGCCUAUUAACGUAAUCAACUAGUAUCACAGUUUAGUAUCAAUAAAGAUGCGAAUUAGAUUAGCCACCAGCCUUCUAUUGUCUUGUUGAAACUAAAUAGUUCAAAGAACGCCAUACUUUACCCAAGAAGCCCCGUCCCAAAACAGAAUGAGAGUUUCCCACGUUAUCAAACUCUCCACGUCAUCAAUUACAUAGUGCUAGGCGGAAUAUAAUGUCUUGAUACGAUAAAGAAAAGCAUAUCAUCACAGCAAAGUGUCAUUAAACAUUUUUAACACUUUCAAAUUAAGCUGUUAAGGCCAAAAUUAAGUUAAGGGUUGAUUUUAUCAGUCAUUCUAUUUGUGACAACUGAAGGUGUAAAUAGUCAGAUGUGGCGUCACAUUUCACAUCAGACAUUCGUGUUCCAAAUGCUCUGUUACUAUUCCAGUUCCGUGUGGCCAAGACGAGUUUCUCUAUUGUUUUUGACCUGAAUAACUUGGGGUGCAUAGGGGAUAUCACGAACGACCUCAAUACGGACCACCCAACCAAGCGAGGGAUCCUUCACAUGGACAACCAUAGCCUCCUCAUCAUAUUGGACUGUGGCUUGAGGCAUGCUAUCGG